AGAAUCAGUGGUUUGUUGGCCUGUGUAAACUGCAUUUAAAUGUCUUUCGUUAACGUUUUUCAGUUCUGUUUCUAAGCUAUUUUUAUAACCAUAGUAACCAAAACUUUGUUUAUUCAAAUAAAUAUUGAAAAUUAUAAAAUAUUUUACCCAAAAAUCUUCAGAAGAAACGCAGCACAAUAAAAAAUAAAACCAAUAAAAAUAUGGCUAAUUUCGUAUAUCCCGAAGAAUUAACAUAUUUUAUUGAAAGUAUUCGACCAUUUCAAAUUAAAGAUGUUGGUUCAUCAAAAUGGUUAGAUGUCCAUGAAAUGAUUAUUAAACUUAGCCAACAGGCUUUACUUGAGGCUGCUGAACAUCGUGAAGAGGAAGUUAAGGAAAUGCUAAUAGCUCGUGAUAAGCUUAAGGUGCUAAUACAUGAAGCAUUCUGUAUAUUUUUGUGGAAAACAAGAGUUUUACCGCAUCUUUUAGACAUCGAUCCAAAUCCUGCAGCUACGUUUUUGAUCUACACGGUUUUAUAUCAUGAAGGAGCAGUAAUUUCUCUCUUAGACAUGGCAUUAUAUCAUGAAAGUGGUUGUGAGGCGUUGCAGGAUUCGGCUAUUGAUUUGAUCGACUAUUGUGCUCAAGCGGUAGCUCAAGUUAUUGGUUUAGCAAGCAUGGGAUAUCAUGAGAAUGAUACUAACAUUGAUGUCGAUGAGUCCAUACUCACAGAGUUAGAGCGUCAAAAAAGGGAUUUAAUCUAUAAAAUUGGAUUGCGAUCAAUUUCCAUACUUAAUUAUUUGGCAGACAAUGCAAACUCUUUGCCUAUAAGUGCUUCUAGACGUUUAAUAGUUACCCAUGAUAUACCAUGGUUAAUGGCUGAUCUCUUGAAUUUUCGUCCUUGGCAAAAACGUACUAAAAAGGGCCUUGAAAAAUAUAUUGAUGAAAAAUGGACUUUAGUCAAAGGUGAAGCAGUGGCUAAAGUUGUAAAACACGAAGCUCAAGCUUGGUUCUGUUUGCGUCAAAUACUUUUCAAUAACAAUCUUAUGUCAUCAUAUGAAUUAAAUGACGAAAGGCGCAAACAAUUGGCUAAAUGUCAAGGUCUUUUACAUGAAUCGCUAUUAGAUCAGUUGCCUCCCUUAAUUGAUCUCAAACAAUUACUAUGCCAACUUACAAUGUCGUCUAAAAGUUCGAAUGUUUCUAAAAAAACGAAUUUAGUUUUAGAAGAACUUCCUGAAAUUAGAGAAAAUCUUAUAAAAGAAACAGAAGAAUCUGGCGGUUUUUUGGGUAUAGCUCAAUUGCAGGAAUCGAUAUUUCUUAACAAUGACAGAGAUCAAAUAUUAAAUACAGCACAACGUUUAAAUGCAGCCUAUAAUACGGAUUUAUUAGCUGAGUUGGAAGCCAAAGCAGAAGAAUUAGAAAAGGAGAUUAAGGAGGAAAAAACAAAUAAAGCAACUAGUGAGAAGGACCAUAAAUGUGCUAAUUGUUUGGCCGAUGCUGAAAAGAAAUGUUCCAAUUGUAAAAAUAUUUACUAUUGUUCAAGAAAAUGUCAGCUUGAUGACUGGAUGCAACAUAAACAGAACUGCACUAAAAACUAGAAGAAUGAUCCCAGCAUUCUGGAUUCUCUAUACCAUCUCUACCUUCAACAUAAACUAUUAUCCUUUCACAUUAUUUCUUUAACAAUUCAUAACACUUUUUCUUUUUUUAAUAUUUUAUCAAUUUUUAAUAAAAAAUGUUUUU